UCCCUCUCUCUCUCUCUCUCUCUCUCUCUCUCUUCAGAAUUUAUCAUUAGUUCCUCGCCGUGAGUUCUUUGAGAACUCAAAUCUGAAAAUUUGGUUCGAAAAGAUAGAAGAAUGGGAGAAUGGAGCCGCAGCGUUACCCCUCUAGUCAGAGGCUUCUGUUUACUUUAUGUUAUCCACAAAUACAUCGGCACUACCGUCAUUACUUAUGGCCCCAGCAUGCUUCCAACAUUGAGCAUAACAGGCAACGUGUUGUUGGUGGAACGCAUUUCGACCAGAAGCGGCAAACUUCGACCAGGUGACGUUGUGAUCCUACGGUCGCCCGAGGCUCCUAGGAAAGUUGUCUGCAAACGGCUGAUGGGAAUGGAAGGUGAUCAAGUCACCUACGUCGUCGACCCCAAGAACAGUGAUAGAUGCAAAACUGUCGUGGUUCCUAAAGGGCAUAUUUGGGUAGAAGGAGAUAACAUCUAUAACACAAAGGAUUCAAGGAAUUUUGGAGCUGUUCCUUACGGUCUUCUCGAAGGCAAAGCUUUUUGGACGUUUUUGCCUCGUAAAGAUUUCGGAACCUUGCCACCUAAACCCAAAUAGUUUUAUUAGAUCGGAAGAUUUUCUGGGUCUGUUGCACACCAAGUGUUUGUCAAAACGUCU